AUUGAACGUGAUGACGUAGUCUUCCCGAGGCCACCAUCACCGAGAAGGAUGAAAUGAUAAAAUGGAAGUGAAGUUAACAUAUCACGCCGCUUACGGCGGAAUAGCGUUGUUUAUUUCGUUAUUGAAUAACAUAUUCUUGUUGUAUUAUGUAGAUACAUUUGUUAAUGUAUACAAGAUUGAUAGCAGGUCUUUCUGGAUCGGAGAGGUGAUAUUUCUCAUUUGGAACUCUGUUAAUGAUCCAUUAUUUGGGUGGAUGAGUGACCACAAAUCUCUGUCAUCAACAAGUGAUCCAAGAAACAGAAAAUUCCUUAGCAAUGAGAUUGUGCUAAAAAGAAUCAGGGCACUAAAGAAGUUUGGUCCUCUCUUUGCUUUAUCAUUUCUUCUGUUUUGGUUUCCUGUCUUUCCAGCUGCUGUUCAGUUUGUUUUCUGUCUUUGUCUAUACGAUGGGUUCUUAACAAUGGUUGACCUUCACCACCAAGCUCUUCUAGCAGACAUGGCAAUCAGUUCUGCUGAUAGAGCAAAGUUAAAUUCAUACUGCUCAUUUUUCAGUGCUCUUGGUUCAGCCUCUGUGUUUAUUUCCUAUGCAGUCUGGAAUAAGAAUAAACUCCUACCUUUCCAAACUUUGUGCCUUAGUAUUGCCACUGCUGUCGUAUUCGGAUUUCUUAUUUGCUGUACAAUCCUUCAAUGGGAAUAUGAAGGUAGACAAGACAAAGAACAAGCUAUGCAUGAGUUUUCAGUCAUAACACAUGAGAGCACUCAAAAAGUGGAAAGGCCUAUAUCAGCAACUGAAUAUGCAAAGCAACUGUUCAGGCAGAAGAAUUUCUUGUGGUUUGCAUUGAUGAAUCUCAUUCAGGUAUUUCACUGUCAUUUCAACAGCAACUUCUUUCCACUAUUUAUUGAGCACCUUCUUGGUCAUACUAUCACGCCAGGCACAGGUGCACUGAUUCUUGGAUUUUCCUUCUUGAUUCCACACAUCAACAAUCUUUACUUUCUCUCAAUGUGCCAGAAGUUUGGCUCCUACUUCAUCAUCAAGUGGUUGUUUUGCAUCAAAGUUGUGUUAGCUGUGGCAAUGUGGCUUCUGGGUCCUGGCUGGUGGAUAAUACUGUGUAUUUUUAUUGCAAGUAAUCGUGUGUUCACAGAAGGAACAUGUAAGCUGCUCAGCCUGGUCAUAAGUGAUCUGGUUGAUGAAGACUUUGUAUUACAAAGAAGAAAAAAUGCAGUUUCUGCUUUGAUAUUUGGCAUGGCAGCCUUAUUAUCCAAACCUGGGCAAACUUUGGCUCCAUUACUUGGUACAUGGUUUUUGUUCCUGCAGACUGGCACUUCAGUUUUCUUUGAUGAAAAUUCAAAGCAGGUGUUACCAUCACUCAAAAAUACAAACAAUGUUGAUAAACUGAGACAAGGAAGUUUCAAUGUAUUGGUGUGUGUGCCAAUCGUUUGUGGACUAUUACAACUUGUUGCAUGGUCUAAUUUCAAACUUCAUGGGGCAAGAUUGAAUAAAGUAAAGUCACUCAGAGCAGGCCUCGAGAGUAAGAGCAAAGAGGAGCUUAAUGGGGCUUUUGAUUAUUAGCAAUUAUAGUUGGUUGUUUAUGUAGAUAUUUUUGGGAUGGGGAUGUAAUUAGCAUAUCAGCAAAUUGUAAUAUUGCUCAGAUGUUUUGGUUUUAGAAUGUUAUUUUAGUUAAGAAGACUAAUUACCAUAGUAUGAAGCUAAUAAACAACCCAAAUUUAAAAUGUUCACAACAUUUAUGUAGCUUGAUAUAUUUGUCUCAACAAAUGAAA